UAUGCGUCGGCGUCCGCGUCGUCCGAGGACCGCCGCGCGCCCCCUGCCACGCCCGCGCCCUCGCUGCAGGAGAAGGUGUACCCCGACCUGCACACGUGCCACACGCCCACGCUGGCGCCACGGCCCGCCCUGCACGGCGACCACUGGGUGCUGUACAACUACGUGCCAGCGGACACGCAGCCGGCGUGCAACGAGUCCGUCACGUACACGACGCACGCCGACUUCACCUUCCUGGACAACCUGGUGCCGCUGGUGGAGCGGUGGCGCGGCCCCGUCAGCGCCGCCGUCUUCGCCCCCGGCGGGGACUUCAACGCCACGCUGGCCACCAUCACCUUCCUGCGGGCGUGCCGCGGCCUGGUGGCGGACCACGUGACCUUCCACCUCUUCUUCCCCGCCGAGCACAUGCCCUCGCACGUGCCCCUCACGGCGCACGUCCUCGCUGCGCGCACUUCCUGCUCGACGCCGCCGCCGUAUCUGGCCACGCACACGUACAAGCGCGCACACAACCUUACGUACCCCGUCAACGUGGCGCGCAACAUCGCCCGCCGCGCCGCUGCCACGUACUUCGUGCUGGCGAGCGAUGUGGAGCUGUACCCUUCCCGGGGCUUCAUCCCCUUCUUCAUGGACAUGCUCAAGCGGCAGGACGCCUCGACCACGCCCGCGCCCACGCGCAGGGUCUACGUGCUGCCGAUCUUCGAGGUGAAGAGCGGGCUGCGGCCGCCCGCAUCCAAACUGGCCCUCGUGCGCAUGCUCAAGCGCGGCUCCGCCAUCCCCUUCCACAAGUUCGUGUGCCCGCAGUGCCACAAGGUGCCGGGCAUGCGCGAGUGGGCCGACUCCAACGCCACCGAGUCCGUGAACGUGGUUAUGGUGGCCAAGCGGCACCCGCCCUUCCACCACUGGGAGCCCAUCUACGUGGGCACGCACCUCGAGCCGCUGUACGACGAGCGCCUCUCGUGGGAGGGUCGCUCCGACAAGAUGACGCAGAUGUACGUGAUGUGCGUCCUCGACUACGAGUUCCACGUGCUGGACAACGCCUUCCUGGUGCACAGGCCCGGCAUCAAGCGCCACCGCCGCGACCGCCACCGGGACCAGCUCACGGCCAAGCAGAACGCCCUUCUACACAGCAAGAUCACGCCCGAACUCCACACCAUCUACGGCAAGCGUGGGGCGUGCUACUUGUAGCAGAGACACGCCCACUUGCUAACCUGCGCCUCCUGUUGGCUGGCUCGGUUAGCUGGCCCCGCCCAUUUGCUAACCUUCCCUUCCUAUAGGCUGGCUUGGUUGGUUGGCCCCGCCUGUUGGUUGGUUGGCUGGGUCGUCUGGCCAGUCUUUUGCACUGGCUGGCUCUGGCUGGCUAACCCCUCCUGCUGGCUGACAUGGCUAGUUAGCUCCUCCAACUGGCUGGUUAACUACUUCCACUACCACAAUGACUUAUCAACUGGACUAGCUGGUCUAUCCUGCUUUACGGUCGGCUCCUUCAACUGCCAUCGGAAUUGGCUCGUUUGGCUGGCCGAUUAUUCCCAUUGGCCUUCCCUUUCCUACAUCGCGGUUAGCUCCUCCCAUCAGCUGAUCAACCUCUCUUAUUGGCUGGCUGUUUCAUCCUCCUGGCUGGUUGGUUCCUUUCAGAGGACAGUUAGCUCCUCCUACCAAUCGGCUGCUCCUCUCACCAACUGGACGAUCUUUCUCACAAUACUCUCUGCAGCAUCUUCUUACACCAA